AUGAAUACCCUGGAAAGCAAUGGAAACAUUACCAAAGUAGAUUCAGGACAAUUGAACGUUAUCGACAUAGAUCAGAGUAUUUUCCUUAACAAAAACUCCUUCCCAGUAAACGAAUCGUACAGCCAAAAUGACAAUAAGACGGGCACAAAUCGAAACAUAAAAGAUGUAAGCAUAUAUAAAGAGAUGUACGAGGAAAGUAUUAACAACCCAGAGUUAUUUUGGGGAAACAUAGCAAAAAAUAGUGUAAGGUGGUUUAAAAUGUUCACCAAAGUAUACAUGGGGAAUUUUAAAAAAGGGAACAUCAGCUGGUUUGUUAAUGGAAAAAUUAAUGCAUGUGAUAAUUGUGUAGACAGAUGGGUCGAAAAACAUCCAAACAAAACUGCAAUAAUAUGGGAAAAAGAUACACCAAAUGAUUUUAAAAAAAUAAGUUAUCAAAAAUUGUUGGAAAGGACCUGCAAAAUUGCCAAUUUAUUAAAAAUGUAUGGAGUGAGAAAGCAAGAUGUGGUCACCAUUUAUUUACCCAUGAUCCCAGAGAUUGUGUAUACCAUGCUAGCAUGUGCUAGAAUAGGUGCAAUUCACAAUGUCGUCUUUGCUGGGUACUCUGCGGGCAGUUUGUGUGAUCGCAUAUUGGACUCCAAGUCAAGUGUAUUAAUUACGAGCGAUUUUGGCAUGAGGGGAGGAAAAUUAACUAAGCUCAAGCAAAUCGCCGAUGCGGCUAUGGAGAUGUGUGGCGACACCAUCAAAGUCUGCAUCGUUUUUAAAAACAAAACGAAGAUAAGUGACGCGAAUAGGGCAUACCUGGAAAGAACAUCGCAAAGUCAGUUAUACCACUCAACCAGCUUCGACUUGAAUGGUGCUGAUAAAUUUCUGGCACAGGAUACAACCUGCGUGAUAAAUAGCAAGCAAAAUGGCAUGAACCAAAAUUUGCACGAACAAAUGAACAACAACAAAUGUGACAGUGCAAAGGGUUACGUCAACUGUAAGCCCAGUCGAGAGAGGGACAGUGCCUCCCUUUAUGCGUGCCCGCUGAGGGAGGGCGAUUGCGUUGGCGGCGCGACGAGCCACCACGUGGAGUAUGCCAGUCGCGCCACUUUCGCCAAUCACGGUAAUCAUGAUAAUUACGAUGAUCAGGAUAAUAACGAUAAUUACGAUAACCAUGAUAAUGGCCCCCAUCGCCACCCCCCCCAGUGUAACGGGAUGGAGACCAGCAAUCACUGCAACGCCCCCCUCAAGGAGAGCACCAACAACGCUGGCACUAAAGUGAAAGGGAUACACACCCGCCAUAAAAAAAUCUGCAAAAAUAACAAUCUAGGGAAGAAGAACCACACUUCAGAUAAAACACACUAUAGUAACGAAAUUGACAAUAGCCACAACAAAUGCAGUCGCGACGGAGAGGUUACUAACAACAUGGGAGACAGGAGCAGCAACUCCUUGGGGAAAGAGUCAUGUGAUUAUAUGAACUCAGUGAUGUGUAAAUCGUUGGUGGAAGCAUCAAAGGAAAGCAUAACAUUUGAAGGAAAAGGUUAUCGUAGUAGUGAUUCCAGGGAGAGCAAUUUUGACGAGAAUAUAUGCACUUUAAAAGAAGGUCGAGAUGUGGAUGGUUCCGCCUUAAUAAAAAACAUGAGAGCCUACUGUCCAAUAGAAUAUCUAGACAGUGAAGACUUCCUCUGUAUAUUGUACACAUCCGGCUCGACUGGAAAACCCAAAGGUGUAGCGCAUACAACCGCAGGGUAUUUGUUAUAUGCCUACACGACCUGUAAGUAUAUAUUUGAUGUAACUCCAAAUGAUAUCUUCGGUUGCGUUGCAGACAUUGGGUGGGUAACUGGGCAUACAUAUGUUUUAUAUGGUCCCUUACUGAACGGCAUAACCACCAUCUUGUUUUCUUCCAUUCCAACUUACCCCGAUUGUGGCAGAUAUUGGAGUUUAAUAGAAACGCAUAAAAUCACCCAAUUUUACACAGCACCUACAGCACUUAGAGCGUUAAUGAAACAUGGAGAUUCAUACAUUGAAAAAUAUGACCUGUCGUCAUGUCGAAUUUUAGGGAGUGUAGGUGAACCAAUAAAUCCAGAAACAUGGAGAUGGUAUUAUAACAUUGUUGGGAAAAAAAGAUGUGUAAUUGUGGAUACCUAUUGGCAAACAGAAACGGGAGGAAUCGUCAUUGCACCGAUACCAAAUUUAUUUAAAAUGAAACCUGGAUGUGCUACUCUUCCAUUUUUCGGUGUCCAAUUAGAAAUCCUAGAUUCUAAAACGUUGGAACCUUUAAAUGGACCUAAUGUCUGUGGCUUGUUAUGUAUAAAGAGUCCAUGGCCUGGUAUGCUUAGAACUGUGUAUGGGAAUCAUAACAGGUUAGUAAAAACUUAUUUUUCUUCCUGUCCUAAUUAUUAUUUUACUGGAGAUGGUGCAUAUAGAGAUGAAGAUGGAUACUACUGGAUAUCUGGGCGAAUUGAUGAUACUUUAAAUGUGUCUGGUCAUCGCUUAGGAGCUGCAGAAAUUGAGCAUGCCUUGGUGCAACACCCCUGCAUUGCAGAGGCAGCCGUUGUUUCCUUCCCUCAUGUUGUCAAGGGGGAAGGUAUUCUCUGUUUCAUCGUUAAAAAGGUGUGUCUCUCUAAAAAAUGGGGAGAGCUGAAGGGGGUAGAACCGAAAGAAACACUUGACCAAUGCGUUGACCGCAAUGGAAACACAAAAAAUGCCAAUGCCCAUUUAUCAUUGACUUCCACCUUCGCCGAAAUGAACACCAUGCACGUGAGAUACACAGAUGAAAAAAUUAUAGAAGAAUUAAAAUUAUACGUUAGACGAGCCAUAGGUCCCAUAGCCACCCCGGAUCUCAUUUGUAUAGUGCCUGAUUUGCCUAAAACCAGAAGUGGAAAAAUCAUUAGGAGAAUACUAAGAUGUAUAGCAAACGGGUUAAACGAUUUUGGCGACAUUACCACCGUUGCGAAUUAUGAAGUUAUCGACAUUAUUGUUAACAAGUUUAGGGAUUCCAAGUCGAAGUGUCAGUCAGGGAAGUAA